ACCGCAGACAGUUGGCCCGAGACCCCUUCUAGACUUAAAAAGAGGUUGCAUUCAGAGACAGACAUUCAUUCAGCACCGACAACCGUCUAAGUACAUCAUUUUCUUGUGCUGCUUGUUUUCAGCAGAACCUUACUUCGCUUUGCCUUCACCAUGUUAAGGAUGCUAAGGACACACCAGAUCCAUCCGGGAAUGGUUUUAAUAGUGGUCUGGCUUUGCCACUUUAUUGGGGACCAGAAAGUGCAAGCUGGCAACUGCUGGCUGCAACAGGGGAAAAAUGGACGGUGCCAGGUUCUUUACCAUGCUCAAAUGAGCAGAGAGGAAUGCUGUAGGAGUGGGAGACUCGGAAUGUCCUGGACGGAGGAGGAUGUUUCCAAUACCAUGCUGUUCAGGUGGACCAUCUUCAACGGCGGGGCACCCAACUGCAUACCUUGUAAAGAGACGUGCGACAAUGUGGAUUGUGGCCCAGGGAAGAGAUGCAAGAUGAACCGUCGGGGUAAGCCGCGUUGCGUCUGCGCGCCAGACUGCUCCAACGUCACCUGGAAAGGACCCGUGUGCGGCUCAGACGGCAAGACCUACCGCGACGAGUGCGCUCUGCUGAAAGCCAAGUGCAAAGGGCUGCAGGAAGUGGUGGUCCAAUACCAGGGCAAAUGCAAAAAGACAUGCCGGGACGUGCACUGCCCUGGCACCUCUAACUGUGUGGUGGACCAGACCAACAACGCCUACUGCGUGACCUGCAACCGCGUGUGCCCGGAGGUGACCAACCCGGAGCAGUACCUGUGUGGCAAUGACGGCAUCGUCUACGCCAGCGCCUGUCACCUGCGGAGGGCCACCUGCCUGCUGGGCCGCUCCAUCGGGGUGGCCUACGAGGGGAAGUGCAUCAAGGCAAAGUCGUGCGAGGACAUCCAGUGCCGGGUGGGCAAGAAAUGUCUGUGGGACGCACGUCUGGGCCGUGGCCGGUGCGCGCUGUGCGACGAGGUGUGUCCGGACAGCCGCUCAGAGGAGGCGGUGUGCGCCAGCGACAACACCACCUACCCCAGCGAGUGUGCCAUGAAGCAGGCCGCCUGCGCGCAGGGCUCCCUCCUGGAGGUUAAGCACUCAGGAUCUUGCAACUGUAAGUAACUCUUGUGGCGCCCCAAAACUCCCUCCCCAAUCCCAUACCCCAAACUACAAACAACCAGCUCCCCUUCUGCUUCUAGCAAAAAGACAAUUUUCAAAUGUCUGCCCUUAUGCCCUACCACAGCAGCUGCUACCCAGCUUCCCAUACCCCCCCAUACCAAUCCGCUGCCCCCCAAUCCAAUCCUUGCUGCUUACAACCUCCUCCUCCGUCCGCAUCCCGCCCCCCUCCCUCCUGCCCCCCCAACCCCAGCCUCCUGUCCGCCCAUGUGACUGUACAGCCUAAACCUCUCCGAAAUAACACGGUCCAUGCUCAACCCAUGCCCAAAUCCUGCUACAGCUAUAGGCCAGAGGCCCAGAAUGGACUGACUGAUGAUUGGACAUACAUGCAUGUCCUUUAAGUUUGAUUUUGCUGACUGGUUUUUGUUUUGUUUCGUUUUUUUUUGUCGCUGGCUACAUUAAUUUUGCAUUCUUGCAAGAGGAGAGCCCAUACCACGCGAGAGGAUUAAAAAUGUGAAAAAAAGGACUCGUCUUUAGACAGAUUCGUGAAACAACUAACACAACCUAUAUAUCUAUAUCUAUAUACAUAUAUAUGGAGACUAACUGUUUUGAAGUUGGAACAGUCGUGUUACAAAGGCAUACGUUUUUGUUGUCUUGUCAUUUUUCAGUAACCUGUAAUAUUUAACAUGGGGUUGCCUGAAAGUUAUCCGUUUGUUUUUAGUGUUCACUUUUAUUUCGAGAUGACUUCGAAUUGCUAAUGUCACAUCGAUAUUGUGUUUUUAAAAAUGCUUUUGGCUGUAAGCAAUCAUUUCAAAAUGGCACUGUCGGUCGACGGCAUACAAAGUGCAGCCAACGUGUAUAUAAUCAAAUAUAGAGAUGUCUCUAUUCAUCAAUAUGCAUAAGGUGAUUGUAACAUUGGUGCCAAGUUAGAUAGAUAAAGAACACACACACACACAUAUAUAUAUAUACAUACACGCAUCAGUGGGGUGUAUGUAUAGAUAAUUAUAUACUAUUGUAUGUAACGUCAUCAAUACUUUAUGACAAACACUACCUAUUUUCUUCCAAGAUGGCCAGUUGACAAUGCACUGUGAUCGCUAAGCCAGUUACCAUCAGAUAUUUCCACAGUGAAGGAUGGAACACAUUCCAAGUUAAAAAAAAAAGAAAGAAAGAAAAGAAAAGAAAAAGAAAGACUGUCUGGAGAAACCAUUUCAUGCUCGCCAUGAAACAUCUCAAUUUUAAAAAGAUUGUCAGCUAACCCUAAUGUCUCUCUGCCAUAAGGUACAAAAGGAUUCAAAGGGACCAACUUUAUGAUCACCUUAUGGGGAUUAGACAUAUGUGGCAUAUCACGUUAUGCAGUGGAAAGAGAAGCUUGUAGAAGGGGUUUCUUCCAGCUUUACUCUAUAUAAAAAAAUAUAUAGACACACCCACACAUUGACAGAUAGCAGAAUUGUACAUGUGACUUAUGAGGGACCAUAUGCUUGUUUUUAAGAUUUUGUUUUGAUUUUGUUUGUUUGUGUGUUUGUUUGCUUUCUGUUUGCUCUGCCUGUGUGAUGCUUUGUUUGUGCUUUGCCAAUGUUAACUUCUCCUGUAGAGAAAUACCUCAGAAGCUGUGCCACCACUUGACCAACCCCCACACCCAACCCCCCCUCCCCCAAAACCCUCCCUCUCUCUCCUCACCCACCUCACAGUAGAAGGUCAGAGGUCAAAUUGCCAAGCCUUGAGCAGCCCUGUUAUAGUUUAUUGCAUAUCUGAAGCAAAGGAUGAAGAGAGUAUGACUGAAGAAAGUCAAAAAUAUCCCUAGAACUCAAAGAGGGUGAUUUGAGUGUGCAGUGAUAUACCUCAUUUCAUGGUAAUAUGUUACCUCAUUGAGGAACCUGACAAUGAAAAACGGAUUAAUGGGGGGGGGGGGGGGAAGACUUGAUCAAUACUCUCCAAGUCACCACUCCAAUUUUCAGGCAGCACCACUGGGCAUUUCAUGUUCAUCUGGGUGCAUAGCAGAGAACUGAAUGGCUAAUUGAAUUAAGAAUGCCAGUGCAUGUUUGUUAAAUGCCAAAUCAUAUUUUAUAACAAAAAUCAGCAACUGCACAAAGCUUGACUGUGGCUGCCAGUUUUGUAUCCAACGUUAUUUGAAAAAAGACGUUUUUACUGAGAUUUCUGCGCUGUUGUGUGGUCUUGACUCAUGCAACAGCUACCAUGUAUUCUCCCAUCUAGCCAUCACAGAGGACCAGGAUGAGGAGGAGGAUGAGGACUACCAGGACUACACGUCUUACAUCCAUUUAUCCCCCCUCCUGGAUGGAUAGA